AUUAAAAUACUGGUAGUAGGGUGGUUUGUCGGCCAUGGUAAUUUGUUGGCAUCGUGAAUUUGAAUUGAAUCAAGCAGAAAAAGCUUAAAAUAAAACCACUAAGAUUUCCAGAGAUACCCAACUAUACAUAAUUUACAGGUUCUGCACUUACUGUUACCAUCAUACCUGAACAAUGGCUGCAGCAAUGCCAAUAAACCCAAAACCAUUCCUCAAUGGAUUGACUGGUAAGCCAGUUAUAGUUAAACUGAAAUGGGGACACGAAUACAAAGGCUAUUUGGUAUCGGUAGAUGGUUACAUGAAUCUACAGCUAGCGAACACAGAGGAACACGUUGAUGGUAAUUGCACAGGAAGCCUUGGAGAAGUUCUCAUCCGGUGCAAUAAUGUCAUGUACAUCAGAGGUGUCGAAGAGGAAGAUGAAGAAGGAGAAAUGAAGGAUUAAUAUAUUUUCCUGUAAUUUAUCUCCCUACCUGAACCAUUUUCUGUCUUCAUAGAAUAAGUAACUAUGACCUCUGUCUCUUCAUCAUUAAAUCGAAUUUUUAAAAAAAA